AUGCUUUCAACUCCUGUGAUCCUUGUCACCGCUGGUAGCGCGGGCCUAGGCGCAGUGGUGGCCAAAACUUUCGCACGGGAAGGGUAUCGGGUAGUCAUCAACUACAUUUCCAAUUCCAAGCGAGCAGAGAGUUUAGUUGCCCAGCUAUCAGGCGAAGAAGCCGGUCAGAACGCUGGCGACCAGGACUCAGUCAGAUACUUAACCAUUCGUGCCGACCUAGGCUCUCCGGCUGACAUUCGGCGUCUUGUCAAGGAGGCGUAUGACACUAUGGGUCGUAUCGAUGUUGUCUUUUCCAACGGAGGGUGGUCAAGGUUCCGAGAUACGACAUCUAUAGAUGACAAUGUUUUUGAAGAGGACUGGGACCAAGCCUUCAAUAUCAACGUCAAGUCCCAUUUGUGGUUAUUGCAUGCCGCAAAGCCUUACCUCGAGCAAGUCGAGGGAUCUUUCAUAACGACUUCCUCAAUCGCAGGGGCCUACGGUGUCACGAAAGCUGCUCAGCUACAUAUGGUCAAGGCGUUGGCCGGUAUGGUAGGCCCACAUAUUCGUGUCAAUAGCGUUUCUCCGGGACUACUUCAGACAGACUGGGCAAAAAGGUUCACGGAUGAGCAAAAGGAGAUACACCGGCAACAGACUAAGCUAAAGCGGUUUGUUGAACUCGAGGAUGUGGCAGCGCAGGUUCUUCUUCUCGCAAGGUCCAGAAGUAUGACAGGCACAAACACCAUAAUCGAUGGCGGUUGUUCGCUUUGA